GGACAUCAAAAGAUUUCCAAAGGCGAAACCUUGAACUGUCUUCUCUCCAUUAUUGACGACAUGGCACCAAAGGCUUCUACCACCAAAGCUCAAGCUGCCAAGAAGGCUGCCCUUAAGGGUGUCCACGGUAAGACUGUGCGCAAGAUCCGUACCUCUACUCGUUUCAACAUUCCCAAGACUUUGAAGUUGGCUCGUACUCCCAAGUACACCCGCAAGUCUGUGCCUCAUUUGCCUCGCAUGGAUCAAUACCGCGUCAUUCGUCAACCUUUGAACACCGAAACUUCUAUGAAGAAGAUUGAAGACCACAAUACUUUGACCUUCAUUGUCGACGUUAAGGCUAACAAGAACCAAAUCAAGCUUGCUGUCAAGAAGCUCUAUGAUGUCGAAGCUCUCAAGAUCAACACUUUGAUCAGACCCGAUGGUACCAAGAAGGCUUACGUUCGUUUGACCGCUGAUGUCGAUGCUUUGGAUAUUGCUAACCGUAUUGGUUUCAUCUAAAUGGUUGAUAGAUAGAUAGUUACUUUUUUUUUUUAUCCACCAAAAUAAAAGAAAUACAAAAACUAGGCUUGUUGUUAAUACUUUGA